AUGUCUUCCAACCAAGCUAGAGUAAAAACUGAGGAAGCUGAGAGCGCUGCUCAAGCUUCCGUUCAACGAGCUACAUCUAGUGGUAGUAGAAGGCCUGUAUCUGAGGGUGGAAGUGAGGCGGCAAAAGCAACCUUCUUUGAAUUGAUGGAUGAAUGGUUUAGUGAAUAUUUGAGAACAAACCCUACUGAAGUUGAAAUGUGCAAACAAUUUGAAGAAUGGCUAAAUGAAGAUAUCAAGCUGUUAAUUGGAAUUCUAAAAUUAAGAGAAUUCGUGGUGUUGGCUAAACGAGCACACAAGGCCGAGGAAUUAAACAAAGAAAAGAGGCAAGCGGAAAUAGAAGCUUGGGUUACGAGUAAGAGAUUUAUGAACAAGAUGCAAUCAUAUGCUUCAAAGAAAUCCAAGAAUUAUCAUGAGCAUUUUGCUACAUCAAGGGAGUAUUCAGGAAAGGAACGAAGUUCUAAACGCACUAACCCGUGGUCUUUAUCUCCCUUAACAACCUGUGUUGGGAGUGUUGGAAACCCCAAACCACGAUGCAAUGUCUAUAAUAAAUUGCAUUUCAGAGAGUGCCGAAUGAGAAAUGGGGCUUGCUUUAAGUGUGGUUCUCUUGACCAUUUUCUUAAGGAUUGCCCGGAAAGAGUUGAGAAAGAAAUUGAUCAGACCCCGAAGUCGAGUAAUCCUAUCUCAAGGGGUAGACCACCACAGUAUUUCAAAAAUUUCCGUGGUAGUCGUAGUAGUACAAAAGAUUCAACAGCUAAAUUCGAGGCUCGAGCUCUGGCAAGAACAUAUGCAAUACGUGUAAGGGAAGAUGCUUCGGCACCAGAUGUUAUCACUGGUGCAUUCUCUCUUUUUGACACUGAUAUUAUUCUUUGA